AUGAAGUUCAUCACGGUUCCACUGAAAAAGGCUGAACCCACUGAUUGGGUGCAUCCGUUGAAAGCAUUCUUAUCGCAAAUAUAUGGCUCCUUUUCCAAUUACGAAGAUUCAGUUCGCAAAUUUGACAAUUUACGCACAGAUAUCGUUCAUUCAGACAAAGAUGACAUUGCAAAGAAUCUUUUGUAUAGAUACUAUGGUCAAUUGGAACUUCUUGAGCUCCGGGUCCCGAUGGAUCUUUUAAAGAUUGAAUUUACAUGGCAUGACGCAUUCAAACCUUCAAAAAAGAUAUCGCAGCAUUCAGUUGCCUUUGAAAAGGCAUCUGUCUUGUUCAAUCUAGCAGCAUUGCUAUCGCAGCUUGGAGCCGAUUCUUCCAAGGAUGACCUGAAAGCCGCAUAUUCGGCAUUUCAAAAAGCCGCAGGUAUAUUUUCCUACAUUAAAGAGAAUUUUAUGCAUGCACCUUCCGAUGACAUGAAUGUGGAUGCGGUUGCAGCAUUCUCAAAGUUGAUGCUUGCACAGGCACAAGAGGCCUUCCUAUUAAAGUAUUUGGAUAGUGGUGCCACUCUAAAGGAUUCGUUGUGCUCAAAAUUAGCCCAAAGCGCAGCUAAUCUUUAUGGAGGAGUUAGGGAGCUCACAAUUAGAAUAGAAUUCUUCCCCAGUGAGCAGGACGACUACUGCAAAAUCAAGCAGUUGUAUUAUGAGUCGUUAGCCUACUAUUACAACUCAAAAGUGGAGAGUGAUAAUGAAGAGUAUGGCAAUGCAUUGGCGAACCUCAAGGCAGCAGAGGAUAAACUCUCUUCAUAUGGUGCAUUUGAUCCGUCUUUUGAUUACGAGAUUGUGGAAUUGUUGAAAGAGCAUACUGAUACGGUGAAAGCCGAUUAUAAGCAGCUUGACAAGGACAAUGACUUCAUUUAUCAUCAAAAUAUGCCAGCUGUAGCCUCACUUUCGACCAUUAAGCCUCUGAAUGCUAGCAAAGAGAUACCAUUAAACGAGCAGAAAGUGGAUGAGAUGGUUGGUCAUGAUCUGUUUGAAAACAUCAUACCGAUGAGUGUCCAUGAGAAGUCGUCCUUAUACUCAGAGCAGAAAGCACAGAUUCUUAGAGAUGAGGAUGAUUGUUGUGCCACUGCCAAGGAAGAAUUCACGUCUGCCUUGGAGUUUUUAAAGCUUCCGGAAUCGCUCACUGAGUUGCAAAAGAUUUGUGAUGGAUCUAGAUCGGAGCAAUGGUCAAAUUCUGUGGAUAACGGGGACUCUGAAAGUGAUGAUGUUGAUCCACGUAUACUCGCCAUAUCUUCCGAGAUAUCUGGCUCGUCGAUCAGUUUAAAGGGUGCCAAUAGACUUAGGGUUGACGUUGAUGAUACUCUAAAAAGAUGCGAACAGCUUCUCAGAGAUGAUGAUGUUCGUUUCACCGGGCUCAGAUCACAGUAUGGAUCGCAAUUCACUCAGGAGCAAUAUCCUUCAGAGAUUAUGCAGUUGAAGCAGGAGUUGGAGAAGGCAAAGAAGUCUUUGAAGGAUGCAGGUGAUUCAGAUAAAAAGAUCAGCAUGCUGCGUGAGCACUAUCAAACAGAGAUCGACGAACUCAGUCUUGGGCCGACGAAUCCAAAAUUUCUUGCUCUUUUGAGUGGAAAAGAUUGCAAAAGUCAGGAAGAGCAACUUUCCCAGCAGAUAUCUCUUUUGGACUUGGAUGACAGUGGUGAGAUGGACUUAGGUGGGGCCAAAAAGAAAGUGGAGGCAAUGAACUCAAAGCUCCAGGAUCUAAGACGUCUCCAAAAAGAAAGAGACAACACUUUGACUGACUUGAAGAAGGCAGUCAGAGAUGACGACAUAUCGAAUGUGUUGGUGUUGAAUAAGGAUAAAGAUGACUUUGAGGGUGUGUUCAACGAGGAGUUGCAGAAGUUCAACCCCUACCAGGAGCGUAUAGCUGACACUAUAGACAAGCAGACCAGUCUCAUCAAUUCGAUAAAGCAGUUGAUGGCAUCUGUGUUGGAUGAUAAAGCAGUUAAAAGUGCAAUGAAGGAGUAUGAGAAGAAAAGCACGACCAGGCAAGCCAAAACAGCCGCCUAUUUGGCAGCCUAUGACUCCUGGAAAGCCUAUUCUCAAGGAUGUGAGCAAGCGGCCCCUUUCUACAAGCAGCUGUUUAAGUUCGCUGAAGGAUUGAAGUUUAAAAUUGAGAAGUACGUCGGCCAACGGGCAAACGAGGGAAAUAGAUUCGUACAAAGUAUACAAGCCAGAAGUAGUACCGAAGAGCAGCUUCUCAGGCAAAGCAUGAAUCGGUAUAGCUUUUCAUCACAAAAUGCAGCUUCACCUCGUGGAUCGUUUGGCAGGGCUUCUUCCUCUUCUUCUACUUCUUCAUAUAGACAACCUGCCGUUGCUAUGCAUACUCCACCAUCUCAGGCACCUUAUUCAUCUUCGCAGAGGUCCAGACCACCCCCUUUACCAUCAAAGCCUGGAACAAAUGCUAAUUUUGGAAGCGCAAAUCUGGGAAACACAAAUCCUGAAGCACAAAUCUUGGAAGCAUAA